AUGUAUGGAGGCGCAUUUGCAGAAGGGACAUCUGCUAUUCCCAUGUAUGAUGGGCGUCAUCUAGUAUCCGCUCACCCAGAUAUCAUCGUUGUGACAUUUAACUACCGCGUCAAUAUCUUUGGGUUUGCCAAUUCGCCCGCGGUGCCCGAAAAGAAUGUGGGGUUCCGGGAUCAGAGGCUUGCGCUCGAGUGGCUCCGCGAUAAUAUCGCAGCCUUUGGCGGGGAUCCGAAACGAAUGGUCCUCGGCGGACAAUCGGCCGGUUCAAUGAGCACCAGCAUGUACCCCUAUGCCUAUCCCACCGAUCCCAUAGUACGUGGGCUCAUUACAGAGAGCGGAGAGGCUACGAAUCCUCGACCGGAUGACGGUACUCGGUGGACCGCGCUCGCGGAUGCUCUCGGUUGCCGAUCAAGUAACUCGAAGGAAGAGCUUCGAUGCAUGCAAGAGGUCGACGCCUAUAAGUUGAAAAGAACUCUGAGCCCCGAAGAGCUGAACCCUCUUUCUUCUCCGGCUGACAUUCAUCCGACUCUUGAUAACGUUACCUACUUCGGAAAUGACGCGUACCCGUCCCUUGGUGCCGCUGGCAAGUUUGCGAAAAUUCCUGCUCUUCGAGGUAUAAUGAACAACGAAGGCCGUAGUCUUACACCGUUCACGCCAGAGGGGCUGGUUAACGAGACCAUCGCCGACUGGCUAACCGAAAUUGCCUUUAAUUGUCCAGCAGCCGGUGAAGCUAGAGUAUGGGCAGCUCAUAGGAUACCAUCUUGGAGGUACCGAUACUUUGGCGAAUUUCCCUCGUUGGCGGUGUACGACUGGAUGAAAGCUUACCAUGGAGCCGAUAUCCCCUUGCUCUUUGGGACCAUUAACAGUGUCCACCUACGGGAUUUGGAACCGUACGAACUCGAAGCCCAAAAAUAUUUCCAGCAAGCUCUGGUCACGUUUGUGAAAGAUCCUCACGAUGGCCUAAAGAAUUUCGGUUGGCCAGUCUAUAACCCAAAUACAACGAGUUUAGUCGAGUUGUUCAAAAACAACUCUCCUAUAGCCACAUUUACGGAGGCUUCCACCUACGAUACUAUUUGUUUUCAGUUCUAA